GAAGUCCUGGAUAAGUGAGGAUGGAGUAAUGUCAAUAAAUUACUAGGUAGUCUUUGUGUUUCUCUUUCCUGUGCAUCGUUCACAGAGAAUCAUCACAUUUGUUUCAAUUCUUGGGAGAUGCAUUUGCGAAUCCCGUAUCGAGAUUCUCUAUCUGGGCCCUGGAGAUUGCUCCCUCAACUCCAUCAUAUUGCUACGGAAACAAACGAUUAAUGCUAACAAUAGAUAGCAAUUAUGGACCAAAUCAAUGAUAGUAUUCAUGGGCUGAGGAUUACAACUUGGAAUGUUAAUGGCAUCAGGAAUCCAUUCGGGUAUCAACCAUGGCGCGAGAAGAGGACAUUUUCUGCAAUGUUCGAUAUCCUCGAGACUGAUAUUUUAGUGAUGCAAGAGACCAAAAUUCAGCGGAAGGAUCUCAGAGAUGACAUGGUCUUAGUGCCAGGUUGGGACGUCUACUUUAGUCUUCCGAAGUACAAGAAAGGAUAUUCCGGAGUUGCCAUCUAUACAAGAAACUCAGUGUGCGCCCCAAUACGUGCUGAGGAGGGUAUCACCGGAGUUUUAACUCCUCCAAACUCCACAACCAGCUUCCGUGACCUCCCCAAGGAUCAGCAGAUCGGGGGAUACCCCACAGGCGCUCAACUCCAGGACUACUUCCUCGAUGCCGCAACUCUGGAUUCGGAGGGAAGAUGCGUUAUCCUAGAAUUCCCUGCGUUCAUUCUUAUUGGUGUAUAUUGCCCUGCAACCCGUGACGAAACUCGUGAUGAGUUUCGCAUUGGCUUCUUGAAUGCCCUUGAUACGCGAGUACGCAAUCUUGUAGCUCUAGGGAAAAGUGUUUUCCUGACUGGGGAUCUUAACAUUAUUAGAGAAGAAAUUGAUACGGCCAAUGCAGAAGAGAAAUUGAAGAAAGAAGGGUUAACAGUGGAGCAAUACAUAUCAACACCUGCUCGCCGGCUAUUUAAUCAUCUGCUCGUCGGAGGAAAGGUAAUUGGAGAUAGAGAUGAAGGAAAAGAGCCACAAGUCAUGUGGGAUAUAUGCCGCGGCUUUCAUCCCACACGGAAGGGAAUGUUCACCUGCUGGGAUCAAAAGAUGAACGCUAGGCCUGGAAACUUUGGUUCGAGGAUUGAUUACGUCCUUUGCAGCGAGGAUAUGAAAGAUUGGUUUCAAGAUUCAAAUAUUCAGGAGGGGCUCAUGGGCUCGGAUCAUUGUCCCGUUUUCGCUACCUUCAAGCCUAGGGUGAAAUCGGAUGGUGUUGAGAUUGAUAUCCGCGAUGUCAUGAGUAAGGAUAUGUUUAAGAAUGGAGUGAGAGUGAGGGAGUGGUCGAUGAAGGAUCUACUGCCAACCUCUGCCAAACUUAUUCCAGAAUUUGAUCGACGUCAGAGCAUUCGCGAUAUGUUCACCAGAAAGCCUACCAACUUGACGACCGCUACUUUGGCCUCGAAUUUGUCCAAUGCUGGAAACAUACUAGAGUCAGCACAAACAGAUGGGUCACUCAACAUAUCCAAUAAUGGUAGCCUGCCCAAAGCAUCUCCUACUAAAACAACUUCUCUGACGAAGUCUCUCACAUCAUCGCCAGUCAAAAGGUCCAGCGAUGCAAUUCAAUCAGUAUCACAACCAUCGAAACGCAGCAAGGUAGAUGUCAAAACAAACAACGGACCUUCUAGUGGAAAGGGGAAUAAGGGACAAUUGGGAAAAGGACAAAGUAGUCUGAUGGGGUUCUUUAAACCUAAGACGCUGCCAGUAGCACAUACAGCGCAUACAGCAAAUUCUCCUUCCCUAUCUACGAGCAGUUCUUCGACAGCAACGCCUGCAGCUUCGACGCUAUCGGUAGAUCGAGAGUGUCUUUCUGGCUGUAUUAUAGAAAAUGACUCGCACCUCAAGGCCGAGGAAGAUACAGAUAACGGCGAAGAAUUUGAGAAGACAUGUAAAUCACGACAGGAUAAAGAAGUACAUGACCCCAUAGUAGCGAAAGAAUCUUGGUCAAAGCUAUUGACUAAACGCAUUCCGCCUAAAUGCGAACACAAGGAGCCAUGUAUCAGUCACAUAACGAAGAAGCAAGGCAUCAACCGUGGCAGAUCUUUUUACAUGUGUCCUCGACCUCUGGGUCCAUCAGGGCAACAAGAGAAGAAUACAGAGUGGCGCUGUAACACAUUCAUUUGGAGUAGUGAGUGGAAUGGGAAGGAAACUUAAGACUGGAAACUUUGGAUUGGAACCAUCGCAGAAGGCCAGAAGGAACAAGUGGCGGGAAAAAGGAGACAUUUACCUUACCUGUCAUACCAAUAGCAUAAUAACAUAAUUUCAGAAUAUCCAUGUACACACACAUUCCGAUCUACUUUGGUAUCUACAUUUCAUAAGUAGUCAAUAAAGGGAAACAAGAGGUAGACAUUGUAUAAUAUAACAUGAAUACAUAUCAAAGACCACGAAUCUCACACACAUCA